UAAAGCAGUUUCUGUGUCCGUUGAUUUUAAUAGUUGUUUAUCGGCUUGGCGAACAGUUUCGCUAGUAUAAAAUUCGAAAAUGCCCGUGAAAAUUGGUGCUGUAGUCGCAAACUUCUCGGCUAAUACCACUCAGGGUCCUAUCAAGUUUUACGACUAUCAAGGAAAUUCGUGGAUUGUGCUUUUUUCCCAUCCUGCAGAUUUCACGCCUGUUUGCACUACAGAAUUGGGACGGCUGGCAGUCCACGCGCCAGAAUUUAAGAAAAGAAAUGUAAAACUAUUGGGUCUCUCGGUAGAUAACCUCAAGAGCCACGUAGACUGGGUUAAUGACAUAAAAUCUUACUGCAAGGACAUCCGCGGCGAAUUUCCGUAUCCCAUAAUAGCGGACGAAAAUAGUGAGAUAGCAAAUCUUCUUGACAUGAUCGAUAAUACUCAUUUGAAUAAGCAGAACGUGGAGCUAACCGGCAGAACCUUGUACGUCAUUGAUCCACAGCACAUUGUAAGACUUAUCAUGAAUUACCCAACAUCAACUGGAAGAAAUGUCGACGAAAUUAUUCGAGUAAUCGAUUCGCUACAAUUGGUGGAUAGGAUCCCUCAGAUUGCAACCCCAGCAAACUGGACGCCUGGAGAAAAAGUCAUGAUUUUACCUCAUAUUUCUGACCAAGAAGCCAAUGCUCUUUUCGAUGGAAAAGUUGAUAAAGUUUCAAUGCCUUCUGGGGAAAAUUAUGUUAGAACAACUACGAACUACUCACAUUCUUGAAUACAUAUAAGCAUAUUCUGUAAUUAAUCCUUAUAUUCCAAUAUAUGUUGUAAUAUGUUACAGUUAUGAUUAUAAAUAACACAGUGGUAGCAAUAAAAUGGAUAAUUGCUGGCUUU